GACAGCCCUCGCUCAGAUCCAAGCACACCCAAAGCAAACUUCCGUGAGAGAUAAGAAAGGAUUUGAUACCUGUGGUGUUUAGAGAUCUUACAAUGAAGAAAGGGACGAAUUCACGGGCAUCAUCCGGACCUUCGUAUGAGGUUUUUCUAAGUUUUCGAGGAGCAGAUACCCGUUAUGGAUUCACCGAUUGUCUUUACCAUGGCAUGGUUGAUGCUGGGAUCAUCGUCUUUAGGGACAAUGAAUCCCUCCAUGUUGGUAAGGAAAUUGGUGGUGAACUUCUACAAGCAAUUGAGAACUCCAAGAUCUACGUUCCCAUAUUCUCCGAGAAUUAUGCUUCGAGUGACUGGUGUCUUCGAGAGCUCGCAUACAUGGUCGAGUGCACCUCGAAAUCGAAUGGGAACAAAGAGAUUCUGCCGAUUUUCUUGAACGUGGAACCUGCUGAUGUCAAGCUCAAAACAAAUUUGUACAGACAAACUCUUUCAAAGCGCCAGAAGACGUCGUGCACGGAAGCAGAGUCAUGGGAAAAGGCUCUCAUGGAAGUGGGCAAGAUAAAGGGAUGGAACUGGAAGAAAAAUGAAGGCCAAGGAGAUCUGAUACGUUCCGUAAUUCGAACGGUUUCGAUUAAGCUGAAGGUUGCACAUGAAAAAGUGACUGAACAUCUUGUCGGAGUUGAUGAUCGUGUAGAAGCUAUAAUCAAAAUGUUGGAUGUGGGAUCUAAUAGUGUACGAUUUCUCGGAAUCCACGGAAUGGGCGGUGUUGGCAAAACAACCCUUGCUCAGGUCGUCUUCAACACACUAUCUUCUAGCUUUGAACGAUGUUGUUUCCUUGCAAACGUUCGAGAAUCAUCAAAAGGCAAUGAUGGUCCGGUAAAUUUGCAAAAACAAUUGUUAUCCAAGCUUGCUGGUUCUCGCUCUAUCGAUGAAAUUUAUCACGUGAAUGAUGGGAUCAAAAUUAUAGAGAAAGGAUUACUUAGAAAUAAAAAAGUACUCAUUGUUCUUGAUGACGUGGAUGAGAAAGAUCAACUGAAAAGUCUUGCAGAAAAAGGUAAUUGGUUCGGUUCUUGUAGCAGGAUUCUCAUAACUACAAGGGACAAAAGUGUCCUAACCGAAGGCCCAAAUGUUUCGACUUACGAAGCAUGUGAACUGGAAUUUGAUCAUGCUCUUAAGCUUUUCAGUAGGCAUGCCUUCAAUAGAGACUCUCCACCAGAUCAUCUUGUCUCCCUUUCCGAAAAAAUUGUCCAUACUUUGGGAAAGCUUCCUUUAGCUCUUGAGAUUACAGGUUCAUUUCUUGUCGGUAAAUCCGAAGAACUUUGGAUCAACACAUGGGAAAAGCUACAAGAAGCUCCUCCCAAGGAUGUCCAAAAGAAAUUGAUGAUAACUUAUGAAAGGUUAGAUCCUGCAGAAAGGGAAAUAUUUCUGGAUAUAGCUUGUUUUUUUGUUAAUGAGGAUAUAACAUACCCUUUCUAUAUGUGGAAUGACUAUAAAUACCACCCACACGUUGCCAUUGAUGUCCUUGUUCUCAUGUCCUUGAUAAAAAUCAAAGAAGAUAGCACUUUCUGGAUGCAUGACCAAGUGCGGGACCUCGGAAGAGAAAUUGUCCGUCAAGAGAAUUUCAAACAUCUUAGCGAGCGUAGCAGAGUGUGGAAAUGUGAGGAAGCGUUGGGCAUUGUAAAGUCGAAAGAGGUAAAAAGGGGAAUGACAAUUUAUUUUCGUACGAAUAAUUCUAGACUAUUCUUGCAAAAGGAAAAAAUUAUCGGAAGUAGGAAAAUAGAAGCACUGUCAGUUGCAAAACGUGGAUUAUAUCAAUUUUAUCUUCAUGAAACUCUGAAGAACGAUGAAUUUGCUAAUUUACCAAACUUAAGGUUCUUUCGAGGGUAUGAGGUUUCCCUUGUUGGAGACUUCAAUAAUCUUCUCACCAGUUUAAGAUGGCUUUAUUGGCGAUAUUGCCCUUCCAAGUUUGAGGCAACAAACUUUCAUCCGACUAAUUUAGUGGUUCUUGAGCUUUCAUGGGGCCAUAUUUCGGAGGAAUGGAUUGGCUGGGACCAAAUCAGAGAGGCCAGAAAACUAAAAGUACUAGAUCUCAGCUAUUGUAAAUACUUACAGAGAACACCUGAUUUAUCUACGUGGGUGUAUUUAGAGAGAUUGGUUCUUAAAGGUUGUGGCAACUUAAUUGAAAUUGACCCAUCCAUUGGUAAAUUAAAGCGCCUUACUGUUUUGAACUUGGAUGGAUGUAACUUUCUUCGAGAGUUGCCCGAAGAAAUAGGUUGUCUACAAGCUUUGACAGAGAUUGUCAUGCCUAAUACGCUACAUAAACUUCCGGAGACGUUUGGUAAUUUGCAGUCAUUGUUGACCUUCGAUGUACCAAAUAGGCAAAUCAACAAAUUGCCAUACUCGAUUGGAGGGCUGGUGAAAAUUAGGCAGUUGAAUUUAUCUGGGUGUACAUACAUAAAGGAACUUCCAGAUUCGGUUGGGAAAUUACAAUCAUUAGUCGAGUUGGAUUUGUCAUGGAUGAGAAUUUGUCACCUACCCAAUUCAAUCGGCAAUCUAAAGCAACUGAAGGUACUCAGCAUGAGAGGCAUAAGAGGGUUAACAAAAUUGCCAAGUGCGAUUGGGCUGGUGGAGAAGCUCGAAGAGUUGGAUGCUCAAGGAUGUUGCGAUUUGACCGGUGAAAUCCCCGAAGAAAUUGGGAGAUUGUCCCGUUUGAGGAUCCUAGACUUGUCAAACACACGUAUAUCCGGAUUACCCACCACGGUGAAUCACCUCUCUAAUCUCCAAAUACUUAAGCUAGAAAAUUGUCCCGGGCUGAAACAAUUGCCGGAGCUUCCCCCAAGUUUGACUUGGCUGAUAUGGAUCCCUUUUUAUUUCUGGUGCUCCCCCUGGAUAGCCUUCCUCGGUCCCCCUAGAAUGGAUGCCCUAUCUCAACAGGGAACACUUGUCACCGCUCUUCCCACUAGCAUUAGUACCCUAUCUCAGCUUAAAACACUAUCAUUGUCCUGUAAAUACGUGCAAUUCCUCCCCCGGCUCCCGUCUAGUUUAAGAGAGUUACGACUUCGAGAUCUGGAGAUCACACGAUCACCGGAUUUUUCCAAUUUGAAAAACUUGUCAAUCUUGGCAUUCUAUAAAUGCUCGCUAGAAUUCUCUAGUAUAUUUGAUGCGGAGUCGGAGGAACUCCAUGUGGGGCUCUGUAAGCUUAGAAAAGAGGACUCACCGUCGCAGCCGGAAAUGAAAAGAUUGAGAUUAUUAAAGAUGGAUGGUUGUGAGUUCCUUCCAGAAGUACUUGAUCUGUUGCGCAUGAAGAAUCUAUGCGAGGUAAGUCUGAAACGGUGCCGUUCAUUAGUCGAGAUUCGUGGCCUUGAAGAAUUGGGAUCCCUUGGCUCCCUAUCAGUCGAAUAUUGCCCUUCCCUGGAGAGGAUGUCAGACCUAUCGAAAUUGAAAGAGCUACGUGAGCUCGUGGUAAACUAUUGUCGUAAUCUAAAAAGAGUGCAAGGUCUAAACCACUUGGGGCCUUUAAAGGAGCGGAGAAUCUAUGGUGAUGGAGAGUUUCAGGGGUGAUACCUCAAACGCUGCCGCCGCGUCUGCCGUCAUACACAAAAUUCCCAUUGGCGGCUCCGAUUCCUAGAUCCGCUGCAUUCUCCGGCGGGUCACCGCGUCCUCCACCCCUGCUUCUGCCUCCGCCAUCAUCGCCUCUAGGAGCCCCUUGGCGGGUGCUGGUUGGAAUAUGGCAACACCAAUUUCGCACCAUAACUUGCAACUGACGGUGGUAAAAACCCGACAUUUCAAGAGAAGUUUGUGUUCACGCUCGUUGAAGGGCAUAGGGAGUUGAAUCCUGGCGGUGUGGAACGACAAUAUCCUCACUUUGGGCAUCUGAAGUAAUGGAGUCUUUACAUAUUCCCAAGGGUGUGGGACGGGUGUUGUUCAGAAUCCUACAUACUGCCAGAUGGCUUAUGUACAAAAAAGAGUUCGACACGAGCCAUGUGGAAUUCGUGAGAGA